AUGACCCAGGCCGAGAAGGAGAAAAAGAUGGAGGAGAUUAACCCAAAGGGCUUGUACGUUUUGUCAUACUUGUUGGAGCCCUUCUUCAGAAUUAGGCUUGCUAAGGGUUCCGUCUUGGCCCUAUUCCUUGAUGUUGACACACUAAAGGAAUCGCACUUAUUGUUGAUGUAUUUUGGCGUAUUUUCGGUCGGUUUAACAUGCAUUUUAUUGUUUGUUCACUUUUUUCUGUCCUGCGGAAAAACAUUGCCACGUAGAGCUCUUAAAAAAAUAGAUCUUAAAGGUAAAGUUGCUCUAGUCACAGGAGGAUAUAGUGGCAUUGGAUACGAGACUGUUUUACAAUUGUUGAAAUGGAAUUGUAAAGUGGUGAUUUGUGGAAGGAAUAAGACUAAAGCAACCAAUGCGAUUGAAAAAUUGAAAUCAACCAACUCAUUUGAUCCAUUUAAUGUUUCAUUCAUUGAAAUGGAUUUGGAUGAUUUGGUCUCGGUUAAAAAGGGAGUGGAGGUGUUCUUGAAGAAUUAUGACAGUCUGGACUUUCUGAUAAACAACGCUGGAUUGUACGCUGCACAAUGCGAGACCACCAAAAUGAACGUUGAACGUAAUUUCUCGUCGAACUUUCUCGGACACUUCUGUCUCACGCAGUUGCUGCUGGAAACAAUUAAGAAGACGAAGGGCAGGAUCGUCAACGUGUCGAGCAUGGCCCACUACCACUACGAUCCCAACAUGGACAAGCUGCUUGAGACAAAGAGUACGACGGCUCUCGAUACGUCUGAGGGCUCGCACUACUACGGAAGGUCAAAGUUCUUAAUGAUAUGGCUCGCGCGCACGCUUCAGAGAAAGAUGAGGGAGGAAAAACAGAUGGUACUGUGCUUCAGUAUGUCACCGGGGCUUGUGAAGACUCCACUGACCUGGCCUAUGAAAGGGAAGUACCUGUGCUUGAUUCCACGCAUCUUUGCUCCUUUGAUCAUGAAACGCCCUGUAGACGGCGCUGCUACCACCUUGUACUUGUGUACAGCGCCGCCUUGGCAACUAGUACCGGGAGGUUACUAUUCCGAUUGUAACUUGGGGCUAGUAAGCAAACACGUCAACGACAAGGAAAAGGAGGACAAAUUAUUUAGCAUUGCACAGGAAAUGGUCGAUAAUGUAUUAAAAUAA